AUGGCCUCAACUUCAACUUUACCACAGCCCUCGCGGUCCAACCCUCCGUCGGGAUCAUUACCGCCCCUCCCCAAUCCGAAACCGAGAAAGACCGCUCCCGACACACCGAGGGCCGCCUCCCCGUAUGGACCCUCCAAGCUGCGGACGCCAUCCAGCCCCAAGCCCUCCCUGAAAUCUCCCCUCUCCGGUUCCAACUCCACCUCCAACCUCAAUGCCAGUCGCUCAUCCUCCGGUGGGCGCCCUCCUGGAAGUCCCGAAAAGUCCUUGCGCCGCACAAUCAGCAUCGCAUCAUUUCCCCAACCACCCAAGGCUGGAAGUCGCCCGUCCACUGCAUCGUCACUCUCGGGAAUUCAAGGAGCCACAACCAGCAUGCGACCCAAACGAAGCUCACGGUUGAGCACGGGAACCACCAGUAGUUACCGAAGCUCCAAAACUCCGUCCUUAUUGAACGGGAGUGGAGAAGGAAAAUUCAUUUCGAGCGGAGAUGCGCGGGACCCGGAUGCGUCCCCCGGUCACAGCAGGAGCUCGUCGGCGCAGGGGUCUUGCUCCACGAGUGCGACCACAUUCGAGGAUGGAGACGACGCCACCAAAUCCACCGCCAAGCCCAAGGAGAUCAAGGGAAAUGUGAUUGUCAGUGUGCGCGUGCGCCCGGACAACAACAGCGGAGGGGACACCCCUCGCAACCAUGGAGAAUGGUCGGUCGACAGUCGGCAAAGCCUGAUCUCGUAUCGGGGAAAAGAAGGAGGCGACUACAUUUAUGAUAAUGUCUUUAAUCCCCAAGAAAACAACGCCAAGGUGUACGACUCCGCCGCCAAACGACUGGUUCGCCGGGUGAUGGAGGGCUACCAUGGAACGGUGUUCGCAUAUGGUAUGACGGGAACGGGAAAGACCUUCUCCAUGCAGGGAACCGCGACUUCGCCCGGUGUGAUUCCACUGGCCAUCACAGAUAUCUUCUCCUUCAUCCGGGAGACCCCACACCGCGAAUUCCUGCUGCGGGUCAGCUAUCUAGAAAUUUACAACGAGAAGAUUCAUGAUCUUCUGUCUGCGUCCGCCGCAGGGCCCGGGGCUGGUCCGCAAGAAGAGAUCAAAUUAAGAGAGGACAGCAAACGCGGCGUCUAUGCGACCCCGCUGAAGGAAGAAAUUGUGCAAAGUCCAACGCAACUCCUUCGUGUGAUCGCUCGAGGAGACCACGCCAGACGAACGAGCAGCACACAGUUCAAUGCCCGCAGUUCUCGAAGUCAUGCCGUCGUGCAGAUUGUGGUCGAGAGUCGAGAGCGUGUGCCCUCGGGGAAUCCAGACAAGCGCUCUGCGAUCACACCCGGUGGUGUGCGAGUGUCGACCUUGAGUCUGAUCGAUUUGGCCGGUUCAGAGCGUGCGGCAGAUGACAAGGAACGCCGCACCGAAGGUGCACACAUCAAUAAGAGUCUACUCACCUUGGGUAACAUCAUUUCGGGACUCUCAGACAACAAGGACAAACAAGGCAACCCUUCUGACCGGGAUGGGAGGCAUUUGCCUUACCGCGACAGCAAAUUGACCAGACUGUUGCAACCGGCCCUGUCGGGUGGCUCCCUCGUGAGUAUUUUGUGUACCAUCCAAUUCGCCAGCUCGAUCAAUUCGCACACGGGUGAGACCUUAAAUACCAUGAAGUUCGCUGCUCGAGCGAAGAACAACAUUGUCAGCCAUGCCAAGAAGGCCGAGGAGGCAUAUGGCGGCGGUGGUGGCGAUUCUGGGAGCAGGGUGCUGUUGGAGCGAUAUCGCAUGGAGAUCCAGGCCCUCCGCGGCCAAUUGGAUACUCAGGCCAAGUCCCAGGCCGAAAAGGAACUCAAGUGGGAUGAACAGCAGUAUGAGAAGGAGGCCCAGGCUCGCCACGAGGAACAGGUUCUGGAGAUGCAGUUGGCUCGCACUGCGCUCAAAGAGCGAAUCGAGCAUCUCAACCGUCUGAUCCUGAGCUCCAAGUCCACAGGUGUGAACAACCAUAACAGUCUGAGUGCAUUUGGACGACUAUCCCGUAUAUCUACCACCGAUUCUGGGUCUCGAUCACUACGUUCUUCCGCCAGCCAAUCUACCCUUGGUGUUGGUCACUCGUCCAUCCGUCCCAUCUCGUUCAUGUCGGUGAACAGCAGCGAGCCUUCAAGCGCAGUCCACUACCCCAGCGGCUCAUAUGGGCAUGAGGAUGAAGAAGAUCUGGGCGAGUUUGGCGACGGGAAAGCCAGCUUACAACGUCAAGUCACUGCCCUGCAAGCUGAUCUGGGCGACAAAAAUCGAUAUAUCUCUACCUUGGAACGCCGACUCCUCCAGGCAAGGCGAUCUAGCCAUUCCCGCAUGUCAGUCGGGGUCAAGCCAGCAAACUCUACGAUUUCCGAGCACCCUGAUGUCUCGGCUCUCGUCCAUGAAAAGGAUUUGGAGAUCAAUGAACUCCGACUUCAGCUCGAUGAUAAGGAUCGCAUGCUCGCUGCACUUCGAUCUGCGGCCCGGCAUCGAGAUCUAGCUGCCGUGACCAAUGACUCCCAGUCACCAGAUCUCGGGGGUGGCUCGGUGGCGGGAGACAGCCCGGCAGUCAAUGGCUUUGGCAAAAUUGACAGUCCAAGCAAGCGUCCCUUGUCUGGUCGAAGUGAAAAAGAGGAUCAAGGGAAGAAUAUGGAUGAGGUCUCGCGAAUGCUGGAAGAGAUGAUCCAGGGUCGAGGAGAUGGCCCUGAUAGGAAGAGUGUUGCCAGUGACAACCGGCGAGUUUCCACGUCGGCGCAAGUGGCCGGUCUCAAUCCAAGUGCCCCCUCGUGGGAUCCGAGUCUCAGCUCACCGGUCCGGGAAUGA